AUGGUUCGCAUCACCACAUGGAAUGUCAACGGCAUUCGCAACCCAUUUGGGUACAAGCCAUGGAGCAACAAUCGUACCUUUAAUGCCAUGUUCGAUAUAUUGGAGGCCGACAUUGUGAUUAUGCAAGAGUUGAAGAUUCAGCGCAAGGACCUGACGGAUGAUAUGGUCCUUAUACAAGGCUGGGAUUGCUACUUCAGUCUGCCCAAGCACAAGAAGGGAUACUCUGGUGUCGGCAUCUUUACACGACAAUCCGUAUGCGCUCCUAUCCGUGCGGAAGAAGGCGUCCUAGGCGCUCUUUGCCCUCCGAAUUCAACAACGCCUUACCGUGAACUCCCGGAAUCUGCCAGCAUCGGCGGCUACCUUACUCCCGAACAAAUUGCAGGCCUUCCUCCUGACCUCGAUGCAGAGAGCUUAGAUUUGGAAGGGCGUUGUCUGAUCCUGGAGUUUCCGGCUUUUGUCCUUUUUGGCGUCUAUAGCCCAGCAAACAGCAAUGGCUUACGGGACGGAUUCCGCAUUGGCUUUCUCAUAGCUCUUGAAACACGGAUAAGAAACUUGACGAAGAUGAGAAAGAAUGUUAUUCUUACUGGAGACCUGAAUGUUUCCAGAGACGUGAUCGAUACUGCGAGGGCAGAAGAACAUAUACGGACGGAGGGUAUGACACAUGAUGAGUAUCUAAGCAUACCGAAUCGUCGAAUUUUCAACCAGCUCUUGCUCAACGGAAAGGUUCCAGGUCAGCGAGACGAGGGACGCGAAGAGCCGGUGCUGUAUGAUUUGUGUCGCGAGUUCCACCCUGAUCGUGAAGGCAUGUAUACACACUGGGAGCAGAAGAUCAAUGCUAGGCCGAGUAACUUUGGAUCACGGAUCGACUUUAUUCUGUGUAGCAUCGUCAUUAAGGAUUGGUUUCAAGACGCGAAUAUCCAAGAAGGACUGAUGGGCUCAGAUCAUUGUCCGGUAUACGCGGUUUUGAAAGAUAAAGUACGAGUACAGCGGACACCAGGAACAGAAAGCGUAGAAGAGGAGGUGCAUGUUCUAGACUUAAUGAACCCAGCAGACAUGUUCAAAGACGGUGUACGCCAACGUGAUUACGAUCCAGCCAAGGACGUCCCGGCCCUUAGCGGGAAACUUCUUUCAGAGUUCACUAAGAGGAGGAAUAUUCGGGACAUGUUCAGUAAAAAGCCAGCACCCCCGAUGCCUACUCCAAAACCUACGCCUACAGAAGCCCAGCCGGACGUCACAAAGGCUCAGACCGCAAGUACUGCAAGCACAGCAGAGGAACAGAUGGAUAGAGAUCUAGCUUUGGCAAUUGAGGCUUCUAAAGCGGAUAUGCUUGCGAAUACGGAAAACAACCCCACAUCUUCGCAGAGUCCUCUCAAGUCCGCUGAAAAACGACGCGCAUCAGCCUCUGCGUCCCCUGGAAAGCCAAUCAAGCGGGGCAAACCUGGUGCCCUAGCUGUGUCUACUAAAGGGAACAAGGGGCAACAAUCACUCAAAGGUUUCUUCCAGACACAUAGCAAGUCUGCAGAUCCUAUUACGCCCAACGACGCAGCGCCAUCAGUCUCAUCCCUUGCAACCACCGAUACUGCAGGUCAGACUACUACAGACAAACCUCCGCCCCCUCCCACGUCGACAACUACUGAAUCCUUUGACUCUGAUCCCCGCGCCUCUCAAGAAGCAUCAAGGGAAGGCUGGACGAAGCUUUUCUCUAAGAAAGCAGCGCCCCGAUGUGAACAUGGCGAACCUUGCAUCACUCUGACGACUAAGAAGCCAGGAGUCAACUGUGGACGGCAAUUUUGGGUGUGCCCUAGGCCGAUUGGGCCUUCAGGACACAAGGAAGUAGGGACGCAAUGGCGUUGUGGAACGUUUAUCUGGUGUAGUGAUUGGAAAGGCAGUUGA